AUUACAGGGUGUUUAAACUUUGUUUUUUGAGAUCAAGAGCUGUCUAAAUAUUUGAUUAUAACUGCUGAGAUGAAUACGCGUUUAUUUUUAUUUCAUGUUAAUCCAUUUGGACAGUUGGUUUGUCCAAUUUGAUCAAUUUGGAAAAUUUGUAAGCCCUGUUCUGCGUUCACUCCCUCCCAGCCUAACCUCACACAUCAGCCUUAAAAAAUUUCCCAAAGGCGAGAAAACAACGCUGAUUGUUGUGCGCCAGGUGAUUCGCGAAUGUUCCUACCAGUGCAGUUCACACAGUCGAUAUGAACAUUUUGUGGAAAACUAUGCAGGCAGCGGCAGCACAAUCAAUCAACACUUAGCUGCGUACGAUUCACCCGAAGUUAUUAAUACAUGCAGAUUGCGAAACAAUUAAUUUUGCUCAAGAUAAGUGUUUGGUGGUAUAGUUCCUAGCCAUUUACAAUGGCUACACCUACAGAAUCUAAGAUUGUGUCACUACAUGAGCCUGAAGAUGAUGUAUCAUUCAGCGUUACCUUAGGGCAGUUGUCAGUGAAGCCUGAAGUGCCAUGGAAUGAAGAGAUGCAGGCUUUAUUGGAAAAUCUACAUUUAAAUUCCAUCAUACAAGAUCUUGAAUACUACAUAAAAUCUCUAAGAACACAUCUAAAUAAACUCAUAGACCAACCCACAUGGGAGAAAUUACCCGGAUUAAUUCUCUCUCAUCUACAAACAAUAAAAACGAAAAUGUAUGGAAAAAAUAUCAAACUAAAUUCAGCUAUAAGUAGAUUGCUUGAGGAAAUUAUGUCCAUCUAUGGAACAGUGGAACUCAAUGUAGUAGCAUUAUUGAGUAAAGACAACGAUUCAAAACUAUCGAAGUCCAAACAACUGCUUAAUUGCAGUAAGCAAAUUUUAUCGAAAUUAAAGUACACAUUUUAUUGGUCGGAUGUAAAUGUUGUGCAUUGCUUAAUUAAGAUGAAAUUUGAUCGGAAAACCACCUCAAGUGUUUCAAUAAUGAAGUAUAUGUACCAGAAUGUUUUAUUUAACAACAAGAUAUCGAAGCUUGAUGAUCUAACUUUGUGUGGAUAUUAUUUACUAUUUUGUAAAUACAAGAGGUUUAUUUCCUCGUCGGAUCACAGUCAAAUGUUACGAAAACUUUUCAACAGAUUUGAUAAGCGAAUUAGUUACUUGAACAAUUUUGAAACGUUGCAUGAAAUUUUGUGCUUUGAUUCAGGGGUUACUGCGGAUUUAAACACUGCUAAAGGAAGAGUACAAAUGAUUACUAAUUAUUUCAAAUACAUAAAGGAUAGAGAAAAAUUGGACGAACCUCAAGAUAAAUCUAUGAUAAAUGAUUAUGAUAAGUUCGGUAAGGAUGACUUCAACACAUACUAUGACUGCUAUGAAACCAGCUCACAAGAUGAGAGAACGAUAUCGUUUGUGGAUUCAUGUGAAAUGGAUCAAACUGAGACGGAAAACGGUUUGAAUUCCACACAGGAUGAAAAAAAGAUUUAUCUUGUGGAGUCAGCAGAAGAAUUUACCGAAAACAUUUCAACAGAUCUUUCCACUGGACAAUCUUCUGAUGGUAUAAAAGUUGAAGAAAACAUUGCAACAGAUCUUUCCACCGGACAAUCUUCAGAAGGUAUAAAAGUUGAAGAAAACCAAGAACUCCAAGAGGAGGAGAUUCAGAAUGAAAUAUGCGAUUUCGAUAUUGACGUCGCCGAAGUAGAAAUUGUUACCAAAGUUGAAUCCGUAGACUUAACUGAAUCAACUAUUGAUUUGACUCUGAAUGAAGAUGUUGAUGAAUGUGUGAUCCAAAUGGUUGAAAUAAGAAAACAAGAUAAUAAUCAAGUAGAUGAACCAGUUGAAAUAGCUUUCUCUGAUGAUACUAAAAUAGAAGACCAAACGUGUGAUCACCAAGCAGAAAACCACUUGAUUCAUCAACUUCAGGAAUAUCUGAGUAUAUCAAAACCAGAAACAAUUUCAUUAUCACAAGACGUCGAGGACUCAAUUGAACAACCUAUUAAUAGUUCAGAUGACAACCAUCACAAUGAUGCAAAUGAAGAGUCCGGUAAGUACCUGUUUGAGUUUGGCUAUGAGACGCCUCCAAAAGAUGUAAACGGCGAGCAAGAAUUCACUAUUUUGCCAACACAAGUUCACAUCGAACCAGAUCUUAUCCGUCAUAAUGGUUUUCUCACGCCCGAGAAUGAAAUUGUUUGCCCUUUAGCCCCAGAUCAAUAUAUUUCAACAAUACCACCGCUUAAUAACGAACGCGUUGAUUGUUUAGUGGAUAUAGAGGAUUCAAUGCUCAAUUCUGGACAAUACAACGAUACUCCCCCUUUGUAUUCUAUUCCUGGUGUUACAAUACACUAUGAUGAUGCUGUGACUUUGGAUUUGAGUAAUAAAAGUCGCCGAAAUAGCGGGGAUGGAGAUACGGAUCAAAUUAGUAAUACGGACUGCCAAAGAAAUGCCUCGAGAGGUAAAAAGCAAUAACUUUUAAUAGUGAUGGCGUUGCAGUAUGCAAAUAUUAUUGCAAUGAGGAGUUAAUUGGACAUUUAACGAUGCCAUCCAUUCCAGAUGUAUUAUUGGAAGCAAGUAAGCUUCAUGAAAACAAGGAGUUCUCGCCAUUCUCACGUAAGAAAUCAAGAAAGCAAUUAAUUUCUUGCUUAGAUAUGAACGUAGAUCGCGCUUAUGUGGAACUAAGUCGAAUUCAAAAUCAGAACAAAAACAGAAAACGAUUGAAACAUAUAUUACCAAACCGUUUAAACUAUGACAGCAUUCCAACAUCAGAUCCGAAGUUAUUCCAAAUGAAACCCGUUGUUGAUUUAUCAUCUUUCCGACCGUGUGAUUUAUCAAACAUGACUGCAACUACAGCACCUAAAAAUGAUGAAAUAAAGCAACAUGAAAUCAAGAUAGAAACAAGUGAAAAACCUGAUGCAGACAUUCUGAAAGCCAUCCACAAGAAUAAUUACACAGAAGAAGAGAUAAGUUUAUUGGUACAGGCUGUUAAAACCGGCACUGAAACGCGUUUGCCGUUCAAGAAACGGCGAAUGGCUGUGCCGGAAGAGGAAACCACUGAAAUCAGCUAUCCAGCGACGCCAAUGGUCAGCAUUGCCGAGUUAACAGCGAUUCAGCCAACCAAUGGCUUGCUUCCGUUGCCGGUUCAUAAUGGUCGGUCAUAUCUGGCAGAAAUGCCUCUCGAACCGGAAGCUGCAGUUGAAGUUAAUUAUAAUCUGAACACUUACGCGUACAGUUUCGUACCAUGUGGUCCAACGUACUUUGAAAUGAACUCACUGCAACCUGUGCAUUACUGCAUGGAUGGCUUUGACUCCAAGGAGAAUCUCGACAUGAACGUACACUAUUUUCAAUGUGAAUCAGAUGAGCCAUGACUUGGCUGUUGAGUAAGCUGUAAAUUUCAAGUGUUGAUAUACUCUGGGCUGUGAUUCUUGUAUAUACAGAUUAAGGUGUGUCAGUUUUUUGGCUUCAUUGUUAUUUUUCGUUAUUUAUGUUCGUUGAAAAUUUGGCAGACAAAUGGAGGAAGUUGAUUUAAGUUAUGUACCUAUUGUAAUCAUUUUCUGAGAUUGGACACUAGCCACUUUGUUACAUAAUUACUUACAUAAUUUACUUGAGGAAAGAAUUGAUUAGAUAUUUUGCGUUAUGAACGUGCCAAUGUAGAUGUACAUAGUUUCAUAAUUUUUCAUUAAACAGGAUUUCAAAAAUUA